AGGACCCGCGAAUUUUAAUUUGAAAAAUAAACGUCUAUUGGCCUCCGUUCCUCGUUCUCUCUGUGGUGUAAAGUGUUCAGUUAACAUUGUGUGUGUUGUGGCUUUAGGUUUUCCCGUCUUCCAGUGACUGCUGAUUACACGUGUUACACAAGGUUGUGAGUCACUUUUGUUUGCUGCACAAUUUGGUUUAAUAGAAGAAACGAAAUUGAACAGAAAAUUGACAUUAAUAUUCGUAAUAAUAAUGAUGGAGCAGUAUUUUUCAAAUAAGUGUAGGACAUUAGAUUUCGUGAUUUAAGAGCAAGACUAAUAAGAGUCAUGUUGGAAAGAUCUCUUAAUCCCCCUGUAUUUAGGGAGAAUUUUUCUCCGUUCCGGGAAAAUUUUUAAUAAAUGUCACGAAAACGCGGAAAUUUUCCCAAGUCUGCUGAAAUUCCCUUGAAUUUUGGGGUAGUGUUUCUUCAAACUUUGAGAAAACUGUUAAUUGUCAUUGAACUUUGGGGAAAACACCAAAAUUGGGAGAUUGCAAUCUCUCAUGAGUAUAGUCUCAUAUGUGGCAUUGUAUUCAUGUUGUCUAAUAAUUUAUUCGUUAUACGUCAUCUAAUGCAGUAGCAAAACUUGCACUUCUUACACUACUAUAGCAAGAGGUAAGCGUUUUACUGACUGGUGAAAUUUCUUGGUUUGGUAGUUGCCUACUUUUAAAUUGCCCAUUAUAUGAAUUGGAAUAAUCUAGCGGUGGAGUAGUAUGCGGAAAUAGUAUCAGUAUGGUGUAAUAGAGGUCCAAGUUACCUGGGAUAUCGCCUCUACAUUUGGUUUUAAUCAUCUUCCAUUUAUAUAUGAACUUUGCCGCAUAGACUCUUAUUUCUCUUUUUCUUUUCGUCUCCGUUUUAGUCCAUACUUAAGAUAUAUUUUGUUCUUUAAUCUAACAUUUUGUGCUUUCUAAAUAUCACAGCUUAAUCCAAUGAAGUUAUUAGCUUUUUCUUGUUCAACCUGUUUCAUGUAGUUCUUAGUCGUAUUCAUUUUUAUUCAGGUUUCUCAAAGUUAAUAUCGUGGUUCGACGCAAUCGAUAAACAACGUGUUAUUCUCGAUAUCUUCUUGACUGUUCACUGUUACCAGAAGAUCAAUAUCAUGAAUCUUUCUAAAGAUCUUUCACCGAAUGAUCAAAAUAAUUUAAAGAUAUUACGUCAAGUUGAGUUUUAUUUAAGCGAAGGAAACUUAAAUCGCGAUAGCUUCUUCAAACAGGAAAUGCAAAAACGAGAUGAUGGUGGUAUCCCAAUAGAUCUGCUGCUAAAGUGUAAUCGUAUGAUCGCUAUGAAUGUCACAGAGGAUAUUCUAAAAAAUGUUGUUGGAACAUCAAAAAUUGUGAGUGUGUCUAAUGAUGGGUUGGCUAUUGUCCGAGUAUUGCCGUUAUCUGAGUUGGGACCUCGUGAGAGACGAACUAUCUUAGUUACAGGACUUCCACGUUUAUCCGUCGGAAUAACUGAAAAAGUAGGUGUGGACAACACUCCUCAUAGGCAAAGUUCAAAACCAAGUGAAAAUGAGCUGAAAAACAUAACCUCAGCAAGUUGGGAACUUAGUGACUGGAUUCGGAAUGUAUUUGAAGAAUACGGUGAAGUCCUAUUUGUCAGUUUACCUCGUUAUCAUCACUCUAAUUCGUUCCGAGGAUUUGCUUUCGUUGAAUUCAGAAUGUCUAAAUCUGCUAGAAAAGCUGUUAAACACAUGUGUGUUUUCAUGGAAAAUGAAAAAUGGCUCGUGCAACCUACUGAAACAAAUGAAGUAUCUGAGUGUCCAGAAUCAGCAUGGAAACCACGACUUGCAUCUAAAGUUUCUUUUUCACCUCAGCAAAUGUUAGCCAGACGGCAUAUUUGGCGCUGUUGCUCUCGAAAGAAUAAACAACUUAUUGCAGCGUUCAAACAUUUACGUCAGGUUGGAUACACUGCUAGCAAUCCAUGUGAUAAGGAAUAUUAUUCAAUUAUACUUGGUGAUAACUCUACAGAAGCUAUACUGAAUUAUGUUAAAAACAAUCGUACUUAUGAACCAUGUCAAUCUAAACUACGUGUAUUUCGUUAUUCUGAUUGGAUAUUUUGGAAGCAAAAGUUUUAUCUGUGGCAACAAGCAUGGAUCGCAAGAAUGCAUCAUAAAACUGAAUUAUUAAUGACUAACAAAAAUAUUAGUAACGAUGAUGAAUAUGAUGAGGAUGCCACUAUGGAAGAGGAAGAAUGUUAUCAAAUAGAUUCUGAAAUAAAUCGAAAUUCACUGCCAGUAAAAUGUUUAGAUGAAUCUUCAACUAGACCGAAAGCACUUCCAAAUAAUUUUGUUCCGAAUUCCAUUGUUCAGAUAUAUUGGCCUUCAGUAUUGAUUCCCAAAGGAGAUUCAGCAGAUACACAUCUGUCUGAUGGUCUUGGUGAUACAGUGAUAACACCGAAGAAGUUAUCAUUUGCUCGAUGUCUGCGUAUUAGUCUAGAAAAAAAUCUUCUUGUUCCAUGUAAUCUUUUAAAAGAUGUUGCUCAUGUAGAUCCAAACCCUAACCAAAAUCUAUUGGACUCUGUUAACCAAUUUGGGUGUUGUAUAAUACCAAAUACUAAUCUGAAUGAAUCACUUUCGUCAGAUGAAUUUGUUCCUCUUUUUAUUCGAAUGAAAAAUAAUAAAACUGCUCUGAAAUUGGUACAAUCUGUUAAUCUUUCUACAAUUCAUGGAGUAACAGCACGUAUUCUUGAAGGUCCUAGUGAACAGGCUUACUGUGAUAAUAUUAUCAAAUCUAAGUUAAAUGCUAGAGAACGUCAUCGGACUUCACAAUUAAACAAACGUCAAAAACAAAAAUCUGCAGAUCAUCAUCCUACAUCAUUCACUAAUUGUAUACCUCCAAGUAAUAAGACUGAUCACAAGCAUAUUGUAUUCGAUGAAUAAAUUUUCACACGCUUUUUGUACAUAUACUCCGAGAUCUAUUUUGCAUACUAAACUCUAAUUUUAAACAUGUACACAGUAAUACUUCUCAAGUUUUUUGCACAAGUAAUUUUGUUUGAAAUAGCUACUUUACAACGA